AUGAGCGGGAUGACUAGGGUGACUAGGAUUACUAGGGUGACUAGGGUGACUGGAAUGAGUGGGAUGACUAGUAUAACUAGGGUGACUGGGAUGACUGGGGUGACUAGUAUAACUAGGGUGACUAGGAUGACUAGGAUGACUAGGGUGACUGGGAUGACUAGUAUAACUAGGGUGACUUGGAUGACUGGGGUGACUAGGGUGACUAGGAUGGCUAGGGUGACUAGGGUGACUAGGGUGACUAGCAUGACUAGGGUGACUAGUAUUACUAAGGUGACUACGGUAACUGGGAUGAGUGGGAUGACUAGUAUGACUAGGGUGACUAGUAUGACUAGGGUGACUACAGUGACUGGGAUGAGCGGGAUGACUAGGGUGACUAGGAUGACUAGGAUGACUAGGGUGACUGGGAUGAGUGGGAUGACUAGUAUAAAUAGGGUGACUGGAUGACUGGGGUGACUAGUAUAACUAGGGUGACUAGGAUGACUAGGGUGACUGGGAUGACUAGUAUAACUAGUGUGACUGGGAUGAUUGGGAUGACUAGGGUGACUAGGAUGGCUAGGGUGACUAGGGUGACUAGUAUAACUAGGGUGACUAGGAUGACUAGGGUGAAUAGGGUGACUAGGGUGAUUACAGUGACUGGGAUGAGCGGGAUGACUAGAGUGACUAGGAUUACUAGGGUGACUAGGGUGACUGGGAUGAGUGGGAAGAGUGGGAUGACUAGGGUGACUAGGAUGACAAGGGUGACUGGGAUGAGUGGGAUGAUUAGUAUAACUAGGGUGACUGGGAUGACUGGGGUGACUAUUAUAACUAGGGUGACUAGGAUGACUAGGGUGACUGGGAUGAGUGGAAUGACUAGUAUAACUAGGGUGACUUGGAUGACUGGGGUGACUAGUAUAACUACGGUGACUAGGAUGACUAGGAUGACUAGGGUGACUGGGAUGACUAGUAUAACUAGG